AUGUGCUCACUCUGGCCGGUUUCUGUGUGGAGCAGGUCCUUGCGGCACGCGCAUCGUCUCGUCUACGGCCAUCUGCUUAUUUUCUUCCUCCUCGUCUACACCUCCUACCACCUCCCCGUCCGCGCGCUACACACCGCGCCAUCACUACCGCCUUCGCCCUCGCCGAUGGACCACGAUAUGAGCACAAUGGACAUGAGCGGUUCCAGCUCCUCCUCCAUGACCAUGACCAUGGUCUUUACGAACACCCACGACAAACCCCUUUUCUCCUCGGCCUGGACACCCUCGUCCUCGGGAACGUACGCGGGCACCUGCAUUUUCCUCAUCGUUCUCGCCAUCAUCGGCCGCUGCCUGAUCGCCUUCAAAGCCACUAUGGAGCGCCACUGGCUAGCCACGCAUCUAAACCGCCGCUACGUCGCCAUUGCCGGGAAGACCAGCGAGGCCGGGCGCAUUGAUGUCGACCCAGACGCGAAGACCGCAUCGCUCAUCACAGCGCAGGGCGUCGAGGAAAAUGUCAAGGUCGUGCGCAAUAUCUCGACCGGCCCAAUUCCCUGGCGCUUCAGCGUGGAUGUGCCGCGGGCGGCGCUGUUUCUGUGCAUUGCGGGGGUAUCGUAUCUGCUGUAUGUUCUGUCCCGCGCUGAACUAGGCGAAUUUCUCCGGAUGCUGAUUAUUGGAUCUUAG